AUCCCGUUACCAUGGUGAGUCUGAUCUGUGUUUUUUAUCCAUGGCGAUUCUGCUGAUGUUGUAUCAGAGCUGUAGGGGUUAUUAUGGGCUGUAAAUGUUGUAUCAGACAGCAGUGUAAUAAGGAAGCGCAGGACUGUGGUCAGUCAUUAACUUCAGACUUUAAUCCUGAAAGAGAAACACUGCGGUUCCGGACUCUUAUACCCCGAGAUUUACACCCAAAAACGGUGAAGAUGAGCGACAUCGAGGACGACACUGAGAUUUCCUUCUCUGUGAAAUUUCUGGAUCGGGUGGAGGUGCUGCGUUCAGACGGGAUGCAGAUCCUGACGGAGGCGACAGCGGCUGUACAGAAUCCAGACAGAGAGAUCAGUGAGAAGGCGAAGAAGAAGAAAACUAAAGUUCACCUGUUUCUCUCCAGAAGCGCCAUCGACAUCCUGGAGCACAAAACCAAGUUCAUGCUGUAUACCUGUCCUCUGUCCUCCGUGUCUUUCUGCGCCGUCCAUCAAACUCAGCCUAAACUCUUCGGCUUCAUCUCCAGACACCCGGCGCUCGACACCUACCACUGCUACAUCUUCCAGAGCAGGAAGUUCGCUCAUCUGUUGGUGUCGGUGAUCGGAGACGCGUUUCGGGCGAGUCAGCAGAACUCGGGUCUGAGGGGGAGUCGGGACCUGGUGGUAGAAGCUCUCAGACACAAGAAUAAUGUCCUGCAGAGAGAGAACUCUGAACUGAAGAGGAAACUACAGGACAAACCGGCAGAGAAACUGUAUGAAAAUGAUCCUGAGGAUUCUGAAAGUGAACUGCCCAAUGGACAAGUGAGAUUCAGCUCCAGAGGAUUCUGAGGACUCCAACAACCAUCAUCAUAUUUAAUAUUAAUAUUAAUAUUAAUCCUGAUACUGAUGAGUGUAAUAAACUGAGACUUCCAUCACUGUAAACAGGAAAGGACUUUUAUUUUACAAAUAGAAAUGAUUGUAUUUAUUACAGUUAUAAGUAGCAAAAUGUGGGUGUGAAUAAUCAUGGUUUAUGCAGUAUAUACAUAUAUACACCAAUAUCAAAGCAAUAUUAAUAAAGUCAUUUAUUGUCA